AAUCGCUCUCGCGGAACUUUGACGUCAUCCGUUUGUCGGUUCUUGCGGCGCCGCAUAAAGUCUAACAAGCCUAUGAUCAAACAUCCAUACGCAACACGUGCCAUCGGUGUCUCGGUUUUAAUACAGACGCUGAAAUCAUAAUAAUGGUGAGUGUCGUGCAGUGCUUUAUGUCCAAGGUGCUAUCACCCCUGUGGCGUCGAGUACACGAUGAAAAAGAGGUCCAGAAAGAUGACGGACUUGGUUUUGCUGGUGUGGAUGAGAUCCGGCAGGUGCGCACUGGUAUUGUGACGCAUCUGUGUGUGGAUUAUGGUCUGAUAGAUCAUGCUGUGUACUUCACUUCAGGAGUUGUGUUAGGAGGAGUUGUGCUAUGUGUGGGAGACACAGUCCAGGCUCUGGCCGUGCGGGAAGGAGCUCACGGUGGAUGGAGAGCACUCAGGGUGGAGCGACAGAAGGAUGUGUGGGAGAGUGGAAGCUCCGAGUCAGUCGGAGAGGCUGGAAAACUCAGGCCUUUGAUUGGAACAGUGACCUCGUGUGAUCAAGAUGGAGGAUUUAUAAAUCAGACAACGUUUUUCCCACGAUCAGCUCUGUGUGAAGGUUUUGAGCCAAUGAAAGGAGACUGGGUGUUGGCUCAAUAUUUUGUCAGCCCUGAAGAAUGGAGUAGUCAGGCCCAAACAGUUUCACCACUGCGAUAUCGUCGCAUGGACACGGUGGCUGUGACAUGCAUAUUUGGCAGGAGUGGUGUUGUGGAAGACAGUGUGUUUUUCAGCAUGGAGUCUCUGAUAGUGCCUUCUGGCUUCAAACCUGCUAGGGGAGACAUAGUGAAUGUGGUGGUGCUGGAAAGCAGUCAGUCACUUUAUAGCUGGAGAGCUCUCUGCAUGACCCCUGUUCAGCACAGUAACGCACAGACAAGCACCUCAGUCCUGAACAUGCCUGAUGCUGAGAUCCACAACCUGCUGGAGAAUAAGGGCGGGCUCGCAGUCACUCAGGAAACCCAUUUUGGCUCUCUCCUACUAGGAAAGAGGAAGGAGCUGCUGAUCUGGGUCCAAAACACUGGCUCAGAGCGUCACAGACUGAAGCGUUGCGAGUUUGCAGGAUGGGACUCCGAGCAGCAGUUUUCUCUCAGCUCUGUGUCACCCAGCAAACCUCCAAACAUCAAAGCUGCUGAUGGGCCAAGUGGCUUUUACCCAGCGGAGGGCAGUAGAGAUGCUGAGGUAGAGGAUGGUAAAGAUCUAGGUUCUCUACAGACUAAAGCUGUGCGAAUGUUGGAAAGUGACCUAGAGAUUGUACCUGGAGAGAAGAUGUCCGUGACCGUCAGCUGCCAGGCCAAGUCUCUGGGUUGCUCUGAUGAACUGUUGCUGCUUCACUUCUCGUAUUUUACUAUCGGGAGGCGUCUGAAGGUGUUGGUGAACAGUGCAGAGGAGAGCCUGCUCAAACCCAGUGCCCCCUACUGUCCUGUAACAACAUUGCCACGUCAGCAGCCUACCCAGAUUCUUACGGUUUCUGCCCCCCCUGCUCCUCUCAGGCUUGCUAAGAGGCAUCUACCAAACUUUUUGGGGAACUAUGCAGUACCACAGGCUCUCCGGGAUUGUGUUGAAGCCCAGAAAGAUGUGCUUAUUGUCCAGCCUGCUUUGGCAGAGCCGCUGAGUUUGUGGUCGAUGUUGCCACGCUUCUCUACUCUUCUGUGGUUAGAGGAAUUGCAGGCUGAGAGCGAGCUCAAAGAGUUGAGCAUCUCUGGAGCUAUCCUCAGGAAGGGAGCGGUAUACUUACACCUGGAGGUGCCAGGACUUGCGGAGGGCCGCCCAAGCCUCUUUAUUGGUGAUAAAGUUCUUCUAAAGAAACCAUGUAAUGGAGGAAUUACUAUUGAGUACAUAUCUUAUGUCACAGAGAUUAAUGAAGAAGAUGUGAGCUUGCGUGUAAACGCUGACUUUCACCAUAGCUAUCUAGGAGAACCUCUGGAUGUUGAGUUCACUUUCAACAGGUUGACCAUGAGAAGGUGCCAUUGUGCUUUGGAACAAACCAAACAUUUUGGAGACAACAUUCUGUUUCCCAGUGUGCUGACAUUGCAGCCGCCUCAGUGGAGUGGAGAGUGGGGUCCACAGGACGAGGAUGAACUUCCACAACAAGUGAAAGACACGAGUAAUGACAUGAUGAAAGGGUUGUGUUCUUCGACUACAGAUAUGGUGUCUGUGGCCACGCAAACAAAAACUGAUUUGACAUUGAAUGCAAAAAGCACCCCAAACCCUGGCCAGUUCUUCAACCGUCAGCUAAAUUUUGCCCAGCAGGAAGCAGUUAAACAGAUUUUGAGUGGAGAUUGUCGUCCCACACCAUACAUUCUGUUUGGUCCUCCUGGCACAGGAAAAACCAUUACGCUUAUAGAAACUAUACUGCAGGUGCAUCACCACAUCCCCUGCAGCCGCGUGCUCGUCUGCACACCAUCAAACAGUGCCGCUGACCUCAUCUGUCUGCGCCUGCAUCAGAGCGGAUACCUGAACACUGCCAGUCUGGCUCGAGUCAAUGCUACCUGCAGGCCUGAAGAGUCUAUGCCAGAGGAGUUGCGUCAGUACGCCAGAGCUGGUGAAGAUAUUCGACAUGCCAGUUUUCAUCGUAUUGUUGUUAGCACAUGUUCCAGUGCUGGGAUGAUGUACCAGAUCGGCCUACGUGAUGGCCAUUUUACCCACGUGUUUCUGGAUGAGGCUGGUCAGGCCACUGAACCUGAAACUCUGAUUCCUCUGGGUUUACUUUCCGAGGAAGGUGGACAGAUUGUGCUGGCUGGUGAUCCAAAGCAGCUUGGUCCAGUGAUAAAGUCAAAAAUUGCUUCUGCGUUUGGACUGGGAGUUUCUUUCCUUGAAAGACUGAUGAGAUUGCCACUUUACAGUUGUAGUGAGAGAGGCUACAAUUCCAAACUGGUGACAAAGCUGGUUUAUAACUACCGAUCCCAUGAGGCUUUACUGGAGCUGCCUUCACGGCUGUUUUAUGCCGGCGAGCUGUGUGUGCGUGCUCAAAGAACUGUUGUUGAUUCUCUCUGCCAUUGGAACAGACUCCCCACAAAAGGCUUCCCUCUUAUUUUUCAUGGAGUCAGGGGAACGGAGAUGAGAGAGGGCAGCAAUCCAUCAUGGUUUAAUCCUGCUGAGGCUGUGCAAGUGAUGAUGUACUGUUGCCAGCUAGCAAAGAGACUGUACAACCCCAUACCAGCCACAGACAUUGGCAUCAUUACCCCCUAUAAGAAACAGGUGGAAAAGAUGCGUGUGCUGCUCCACAGGGUGGGGCUAUCGGAGGUGAAAGUGGGCUCAGUGGAGGAGUUCCAGGGUCAGGAGUUCCUGAUCAUCAUCCUCUCAACGGUUCGCUCCAAUGAGACAGUGGCGAAUGAAGAAUUGCAAAGAAUGCUGGGGUUUUUGUCCAACCCCAAACGUUUCAACGUAGCCAUUACUCGAGCCAAAGCUCUUCUCAUUGUCAUCGGAAAUCCACAUGUUCUUAUCAAGGACCCAUGUUUCAGUGCCUUACUGCAGUACUCUUAUGAUAACGGAGCGUUCCUAGGAUGUGACCCACCAGUGAGGGAUUUUCCCUGAUGGAAGUUAGAAACCCCUAUGGUCUCUGUGAUCUCA